GAUCAAUUGUACUUCGUUAUCAGCAAGACGUAUUCUUUGGCAAACCACCUGCAUACUUGGAAAUUGAAAAUUCACCGCCUUCCUCAAACUAUAGCUGCUGCUUUCUUUAAGAGGGAGGUCGUGCUGAUAGCUGGUUUUCACGAUUUCCUCGACAAAGCGACGAAACUUCGUUUCAAGAGAGACGACUUCUUAGGGAAGGCACCUCUUUGUCAAGAAUCGAAAUUAGCCACAAGGAAGUAUAAAUGAGAGAAACAGAAAUCAGAUUUCUAUUGCCAAAGUCGUCACAGCUUGUAUCACAGUUCGAAUUUGAGCACUUUCAUUCCGCGCAAAGUUUCAAGAGAAACGAUGAGUCUCAGAGGCAACACUACUGCUACCUACUUCAUAUUCUCAACGAUCGUUAUUCUUUCAUUUUUCGGUAACCUCAUGGUACUUGGUGUUAUGUUGAUGAAACGUGGCGCAUUUAAGAAGGCCUACAAUAUCUUUAUCUUCAGUUUAGCCUGUACCGACGUCAUCACGGCGAUAUUUCUUAUUUUCAGUCGUUACCUUUACCUUCCCGACAUGCCUGCGAACAAGAUAUCAGCAACGCUGUUCUGCAGUACCAUCUGGAACGCUUGUAUUCUGUUUGGUCUUGGAUACGUUUCUAUCUAUACUUGUCUCGUUCUCGCAAUCGAGCGGUGGUUGGCGAUCGUGAAACCGAACAUAUAUCGAAAGACGAGGCCGUCUCAAGCCGUAAUUAUUGUCGGGUUUGUCUGGUUUUGGGGCCUUCUAAUCCAAGCCACGACUUUGUUCCGAGCGAAACCCGACUUUGAAAAAGGCACCUGCAAGUGGACUAAACUCAACAUCGGCGAAGGUCCUUUUCCCUACAUCGACAUAACGUUACAAUGUGUUUUACCGUUUACGACAAUGCUUCUCCUUUACCUUCAUAUGUUAUACAAGGUCAAGAAGAUGCCGAAUCUGUUACAGGGACGUGGUGCAGCAAUAUCGAAACGCAUCACGAUUCUCGCUUUGGCUGCGUCAUGCGCACUCGUCAUUGGAUGGUUGCCCAGUCGCGUCAGCUUUAUGCUAAGCAAACUGAACCUGAACGAUCCAAAUGGUCUUCUCCACUUUUGGCUUGUGGCGUUUUCUUUCGCCAAUUCUUUUGUCAAUCCCUUCCUGUAUGGUGUUUACAGUUCAGAAUUUAGACGCGACUAUAAGGCGUUGUUGAGCAAACUCGUUUGUAUCAAAGGAAUGUCAAUUUCACCAAGCCUCGAUGCCUCGACAAAUAAAAGAAAGGGCUCCAUUCGCUUUAGUUUGUCAAAUGCAGACACUUUUACAAUCGCUCUUGAUACUGAUGUAUGAAACCAAGGUUGUCUUAAAAUUACUUUUUGAAUGUAAA